AUGAGCGCACCGUCAGAAUUGCAGAACGUAGUAUUAUACGGAGUCCCGGAGCAUUUGACGCCACGGAACCAAUCAGUCACCUUGCUUGCAAGGUCAUAUGGCAUGCGACGAAAUCUGAUGGACUAUAUAUCAAACAUUCUCGUGUCUGCGUAUAUUCAGGCCAUAUGCCAAAAAGCAGCUCUGGAGGAGUUCCUAGUUACACGCUAUGCAGAUUCUGUUAAGUUUAUCGCUUACCACAUAUCAACAGUUAUAGUGCAAGAGGAAGACAUUGCUACUAUGAUACUGGCAAUGAUGACAAUAGCAGAUGUCAUCCUGAUGUCUCACACCUGCCGUGUAAUGCACAGAAUUGGGCAAGGUGUUGUGCAUCGACGUUUCAGAUCGAUCAUAGCGCCGUUCGUUGACAGCGCGUUUGAUCUUCUGGUAUCAGCUCUUCGUCAAUCUGAAAGCCUCGUCACCGGUUCUGCAGCUCGUGCGAUGAUGACUGGGGACAUAUCUUACGACAUCCAGGAUCUUAACAUUCUAGUCCCCCAUCUCAAUUUUGAUGUCUUACACGACUUCUUAAUGGAGACUGUAGGCUACAGGCAAAUCUCAGACCAUUGCCAUCCAGCAAUAGUUCAAGUCGUCGAACAUUUUGGUAAAUACGCAUGGAAUUGCCGUGUCAUCACACUUGCAUGUCCCAAGUCAGAUAUGCAUAUCCUUCAUCUCAUUCUCAAUGCACCUUCAACUGCAGAUAUGGUAUACAUGACGACUGGAGGUGUCACAUGCUUCUAUCUGCAAUGGAUGCGCCAGAGCAUUUCCAUACUCAGCUAUACUGGCAACCUCGUGCAGUGGGAUAAUAAAUUGGGCUGUGCUGGAGAGUUUCUUGAUGAGCUGAAGGUUGAAAAGGACACCCAAUUUAUCAACAGCGAUUGCAGAAAUCGAUGUCCCACUCUCUGGCAUCACACGAGCAACAAACGACUCCGUCAUUCAGUUGAUUGGGACAUCACUGAUUCAGUGACUUGCACUUUCCACAACAUCGAUAUUGAAUGGCGUUUAAACAUGUAUUGUGGUAACAAUGCGUGUCAUUUCAAUUUCAGCACAAUGGCAAGUAACUUGAACGGUGAAGGAGCAAUUAAUUAUGUGAAAUACAUCCCAAAGGAAAUUCGAUGUCGCAAGCCAAAAUUCGCACACCUUAUCCAGGCAGCUUUUUACGGUGCUGGCUGCUACAGACCUUUUCUGGUACCUGUUCCUAUCAACGAUGGAGUGAAGAAGAAGCCGACGCUGGAUGAUUUAUAUCUGUUGGAACACAUGGCCCGUAUGUCAGGAUCGACUACGUCUGUCAAAGGAAGUGUCUUGGUGGUAAAACAGAGUUUAUUGGCAGACAAGCCUAUUGUGGAUAUGAACAAAGAUGAUAUGUUUACUGCUAAUAUCAUUAUCAGUAGCGCUUUGUACCACGGAAUUCUUUAA